AUGGCAGCCACCACAGGCUCAGGAGUAAAAGUUCCUCGAAAUUUCCAACUGUUAGAAGAACUGGAAGAUGGCCAGAAAGAAGAAGGUGACAGCACAGUCAGCGGAGGUCUAGAGGAUGACAAAAACAUGACACUCAAUAUGAUCACUGAGAGUUCAAAUGGAGUUAGAGUAGUGGAUCCAAGGGCCACGGCACUGCUGGCCAAGUGGCAGAAUUUCCACAGCAUCAAAGUCAUCCUUCAGGAGCCUCGGUGCUUGAUGAGAGAGAGAGAGAAUGUGAAGCUGCCACAGCCGCCAAAGGGACAGUUAUAG